AUGCCUCAUCAGAUCUACCUACCAAUUUUUGACGUUUUCCUUUAUGAAGGAAAUAAGUCUUUGUUUCGGUUUGCCCUGGCAAUAUUGAAGAUGUGUGAGUCAGCUGUGCUGCAAAGUAAGACUGUCAGUAUGGUGCAUGCCUGUUUAAGUAGGCCACGGCAAUUUGUCACCGAUUACAAGUCAUUAGCACAAGUUGCCUUCAACGACAUGAACCCGUUCCCUCAAAAACAAAUUGAGACAAAGAGAGCGCUAUACUUGACCCAGUUACAGGCGAAACAUUCAUAA